AGAGAGGCUCCGCAAGGAAGGUGGUUUUAAAAUCAGCGUUCGAUGUCCUUCAAGAAAAGCACCCCUUCUCAAAAGGCCACUUCGACCAAGGAUCUUUCCUGCUUUAACUUCUUCUCAAAAUAUGCUAUGGUUAUCGGGCAACAGAUCGCUGCGCUGGAUAUAAGAAGCCGCGAGCCGAGCACGCAUGAGGAGAAUACUUUCCUUUUGUCUUUCCGAUCACGUUGAUGUCUUCUUGUUUUUACUUUAUUUUGAUUGCAACUCGUUUUAGCCAUUUUUUGAGGCAAAAAGGCCUAUGAAGAUUCACCUGCGCACGCAUUUCUUCUAUUUUUUGCACCAAAAAGAGUUCUUGCCAUUUUCGG